GGCUUUUGAUUUGUGAAUCCGUCCAUCUCUCCCUGCAGCCAUCACUUUUGCUCUCAUGUCCGCUCAUCGUCGCGCCACCUCGCCGCCAUGGCUGACGGAUACGGCCCUCUCUCCAUCGUCUUCUAUGCCACGUCAGCUGUCGUCUCCGCCACGUCACCUCUCCGCCAGUUCAUCUGGUCGGCGGUGCGCCUUCAGUGUUUCCUCGCUUCCGCCUGCCUUUCCGCCAUCUGCGCGCUUCCCCUGCUCCCCUUCCGUCUGCUCUCCGCCGCCCUCCGCGAAAACAAGAUGCGCGCGACGCUAGCGGAGGCGCAGGAGCAGGGCGGGUACUGGCGCGAGGCGGCGGCGGCGCUGCAGCAGCGCGCCAAGCGGGAGGAGGCGGCGCGCGAGGCGAGUGAGCGGGCGGCGCGGGAGGCGGAGGCGCGGCUGCGGAAGGUGCUGCUGCAGCGCGCGCAGCUCAAGGAGUGCCUGCAGCGCGCCGUGCGCCAGCUGGGUGACGAGGCGGUGGCCCGCCAGCAGGCGGUGAAGGGUCUCUCGAGGGAGCGCCACCGCUGCGCGCGCCUCCACGCUGACCUCACAGCUUCGCACGCGCGCUGCGAGCACCUGCAGGCCGACCUCGCCGCUGCCAGCCUGGCGCUUGGGCGGCUGAGGGAAGAGCUGGCGGCGGCGACUCAGCAACUGACGGCGUGCCAGGUGGCAGCAGAGGAGGCGGCGGCAGAGGAGGAGAGGAGUGGGGCGAGGGGCGAGAGGGAGGAGGCGUGGGGUGGUGGGGAAGGGGGUGGGGGGGGUGUGAGGAGGGGCAGGGAGGGCAGGGGGCAGAGGGAGAGGCGCAGUGGAGGAUGGCGCGGGCAGGGGCGGGUGGGUGAAGCGAAAGCGACUGGUGGUGGGAGGGAGGAGGCGUGGCGGGGGGAUGAGCUUGAGGGCAGCGAGGGCGCUGCCACUGCCACCACUGCCUCCUCCUCCCCUGCCCUCGCCGCACCACCUCAUCCCCACUCGCACCCUCCCGCCCCACCUCUCCACCCCGCUCCUUCCCCCAUGGAGCCCCUCCUGUGGCGCUCAGCCCUCAAGGCGUGUGCCUUCGCACUGUUGCUCUCCGCCCUGCUCGCCCUGUUGGCCUGGCUGCUGCCGCACCGCUGCCCGCCCGCCCUGCUCACGGCGCUCGCCCUCACGGCCCUCGCGGGGCUCCUCACCGCCCUCGCCCUCGCGCUCGCCAUGCCCUCGCUCCGCCCGUCUGUCGCGCCCGCCCUCUCCCCGGUGCGCGUGGCGGCAGCGGCAGCAGCAGUGCCUCUCCUGUGCGCCUGCUGGUUCGCCCUGGGCGUGCUCGUGCACUCGCUGCCGCCCUGGCAUGCUGCCACUCAUGCGCUCUAUUCUCACACCCCCGGCUCACUAGAGCGCGCUGUUUCGAGUUUCUGGCUCGCUCUGAACAGCACUAUGGCGUAGGAUGCAUCAGGAUAGGGAUGUAGGUAAUAACGGUGUUAGGGAGAGUGCCACAUGACACAGCCAUGCCACCCUUGACCCACCGACUGUUCGUUUGGCUGCCCUCUGCUGCUGCUCUGUGGCACUGCGGCACUGCCUCUGUAGCACUCAGCACUCCUUGUACAUACGGUAGGCUCGCCUUGUCAUGUGCUUCAGGGUACGUUCUGGGCUCAGGGCAAGCCCCGAGGCAGGGCUUCCGGGCAUCAGUUGUACCUUAAUCCCCUGUGUAUAACACCCGAUGGUGGAUAUUAAUAUUCACUAAAAAAUGAGUGGGUGC